AUGGCCACGGCCACCAGGCGCUUGUUCCAUCUGCAGCCGUGCGAAAACGCUUCCACCAUGUCACAGAAUGGAUACUUUGAGGAUUCAAACUAUUACAGGAGUGACACAGAUGACACCUUCGAAGCCCGUGAAGAAAGCGUGGGGGAUGAGGUUUUUGACACCGUCAACUCCUCCAUCGUGUCUGGCGAGAGCAUCCGCUUUUUUGUCAAUGUCAACUUGGAGAUGCAGCCCUCCCAGGCUGAGAGCGAGGCCGCACACGGUGGCUGCGUGCUCCUACACACCUCCCGCAAGUACCUGAAGUUAAAGAACUUCAAGGAAGAGAUCCGUGCGCACCGGGACCUAGAUGGCUUCCUGGCGCAGGCCAGCAUCGUCCUGAAUGAGACGGCCACCUCACUGGAUAACGUGCUGCGAACCAUGCUGCGCCACUUCGCUCAGGACCCCAACAACACCGAGCCUGACUGCAACCUGGACCUGCUCAUGGCCAUGCUCUUUACCGAUGCCCCCACGCAGGGGAAAGUUCACCUGCUGUCAGAUACCAUCCAGGGAGUGACUGCCACGGUCACAGGUGUGCGAUACCAGCAGUCGUGGCUCUGCAUCAUCUGUACCAUGAAGGCCCUGCAGAAGCGGCACGUGUGCAUCAGCCGCCUGGUUCGCCCACAGAAUUGGGGGGAAAAUUCCUGUGAGGUUCGGUUCGUCAUCCUGGUGCUGGCCCCACCAAAGAUGAAAAGCACCAAGACCGCAAUGGAGGUGGCACGCACAUUUGCCACCAUGUUCUCGGACAUCGCCUUCCGCCAGAAGCUCCUGGAGACCCGCACAGAGGAAGAAUUCAAGGAGGCCUUGGUGCAUCAGAGACAGCUGCUCACCAUGGCCAGCCAGUGUCCAGCGACGAGAACGAAAGAUCACAGCGUGGUCUCCUUCCAUGGCCACAGAUACCCGCAGCCCCUGAAGUGCAAGGACUUUGUCCCUUUUGGGAAGGGUAUCCGGGAGGACAUCGCACGCAGGUUCCCUCUGUACCCACUGGACUUCACUGAUGGCAUUAUCGGGAAAAACAAGGCCUUGGGCAAGCACAUCACCACCACCCUGUUCCUCUACUUCGCCUGCCUCCUGCCCACGAUUGCUUUUGGGUCCCUCAACGAUGAGAACACAGACGGGGCCAUCGAUGUGCAGAAGACCAUCGCCGGGCAGAGCAUCGGAGGCCUCCUGUAUGCGCUUUUCUCCGGGCAGCCGCUGGUGAUCCUGCUGACAACCGCGCCCCUGGCGCUCUACAUCCAGGUGAUUCGAGUCAUCUGUGACGACUACGGCCUGGACUUUAACUCCUUCUAUGCAUGGACGGGCCUGUGGAACAGUUUCUUCCUCACGCUUUAUGCCUUUUUCAACCUCAGCCUGCUCAUGAGUCUCUUCAAGAGGUCGACGGAGGAGAUCAUUGCCCUCUUCAUUUCCAUCACGUUCGUGCUAGAUGCUGUCAAGGGCAUGGCUAAAAUCUUCUGGAAGUACUACUAUGGGCAACACGUGGACGACUACCACACAAAGAGGGCUUCAUCCCCGGUGAGCCUGGAGGGCCUCGGCACCAGCCUCAACGCCAGCCUCCACACCGCCCUCAACACCAGCCUUCUGGCCAGCCCCACGGAGCUGGGCACAGCGGGCAGCCUGGGAGCCGUGCACUCGGGCCGGGCGACUGCUGUGCUCAGCCUCCUCAUCAUGCUGGGCACACUCUGGCUGGGCUACACCCUCUACCAGUUCAAGAAGAGCCCCUACCUGCACCCCCGCGUCCGCGAGGUCCUGUCUGACUGCGCCCUGCCCAUCUCGGUGCUCGCCUUCUCCCUCAUCAGCUCCUACGGUUUCCAGGAAAUUGAGAUGAGCAAAUUCCGCUACAACCCCAGCGAGAGCCUGUUUGAGAUGGCCCAGAUCCACUCGCUGUCCCUGCGGGCCAUCAGCAGCACCAUGGGCCUUGGCUUCCUGCUCUCCAUGCUCUUCUUCAUCGAGCAGAACCUGGUGGCCGCCUUGGUUAACGCCCCAGAGAACAGGCUGGUGAAGGGCACGGCCUACCACUGGGACCUCCUGCUCCUGGCCAUCAUCAACACGGGGCUGUCCCUGUUUGGGCUGCCCUGGAUCCACGCCGCCUACCCCCACUCCCCCUUGCAUGUGCGAGCGCUGGCUUUAGUGGAGGAGCGCGUGGAGAACGGGCACAUUUAUGAGACGAUCGUGAACGUGAAGGAGACGCGGCUGACCUCGCUGGGCGCCAGCAUCCUGGUGGGCCUUUCCCUGCUGCUGCUGCCCACCCCGCUGCAGUGGAUCCCCAAGCCCGUGCUCUACGGCCUCUUCCUCUACAUCGCGCUCACCUCCCUCGAUGACAACCAGCUGUUCCAGCGUGUGGCCCUGCUGCUAAAGGAGCAGACCGCGUACCCCCCGACGCACUACAUCCGGAGGGUGCCCCAGAGGAAGAUCCACUACUUCACAGGCCUGCAGGUCCUGCAGCUGCUGCUGCUCUGUGCCUUUGGCAUGAGCUCCCUGCCCUACAUGAAGAUGAUCUUCCCCCUCAUCAUGAUUGCCAUGAUCCCUAUCCGCUACCUCCUGCUGCCCAGAAUAAUUGAAGCCAAAUACUUGGACGUCAUGGAUGCUGAGCAUGGCCCGUGAUGGCAGGCGUGGGCACACCCCGUCCACCGCCCCCCGCCCCCUGCUCCAGGCUGGCUCUGGGGCUGCGUGGGGAGGUGGGCUCUGGGUGGUUGCCGUGCUGCGCGCUCACCCGGCUGACUCAGGCUUAGCCGUCUGGGCAUUGUGGGGGUUCAGUGGUGUGUGCCCAACCCUCUCCCUAUUAUCCUUUAGCUUUGGGCCACGAACGUUGCUCAGGGCACCUACUGCCCAGGGUGGGACUAAGCAGGAUGGAUUUUCUUUUGAUAAAAGAGUCAAUGCCUGAAAGAGAAACCAUUUCCUUGAUUGUGUAAGGAACUCACUGUGUGCACAUUAGAGAAUAAAGCUCUUGUUUCUAUGC